AUGACGCUGGCGCUGAUCAUUGUGGACACCAUCAAAGCGAAGGCGAAUCAGGCGGCCAAAAUCAUCUCGAAGCUACGUCAAUCCAAUCCUCCAGAUUUUAGUUUUACAGAAUUCAUGCUUGCUACGAUAGAUAAUCCCUCAUAUACAGUUGAAUGGACAAUCAAAGAAAUGUUGAACCAACCAAAGAUAAUGCAAAGGGCCAUAGAAGAGAUUGACAAUGUCAUUGGGAGCAAUAGAUUGGUUCAAGAAUCCGAUUUGCCACAGUUAAAUUAUGUCAAAGCUUGUAUUAAAGAGUCCUUUCGAGUACAUCCCUUGGCGGCUUUUAACGUUCCUCAUGUGUCUUUAUCGGAUUCUGUUGUUGGUGAAUACUUCAUCCCAAAAGGGAGUGUAGUGUUAUUAAGUCGUCUUGGACUUGGCCGAAACCCUAGAGUUUGGGAUGAUCCCAUGAAGUUCAAGCCAGAGCGCCAUAUGAACGAGGAAGAUGGUGAUGUAAUUUUCACUGAUUCAGAAUUACGUUUGUUAUCAUUUAGUAUUGGACGACGAGGUUGUCCAGGUAUAAAACUUGGCACAACAAUUACCACUAUGUUACUUGCUAGGCUUCUUCAAGGGUUUACUUGGAGUUUACCACCGAACUCUCUGGGCAAUGACUUGACUGGUGAUUACCCGGAAUGUGCUCUCCUUCGCACCAUGCCAUUUUUUGCUAAGGCAAAACCGCGAUUGCCUAAAGACAUGUACCCUUAAAUAUA